AUGGCCGUGGCGGAGCGGUUCGGAACUCGGUGUCCGCCGUCUCGCUUCUUCUUAGUCGCGGUGCUCCUCGUCCUGCUGACAGAUGGCGGAGUGGCGUGGAGGAGAGGAGCUGAAGCCCUGUCGAUCGGCAUCAACUACGGGCAGAUCGGAGACAACCUGCCCUCCCCGUCGAGGGUGUCGUACCUGCUCCAGUCGAUGCAGGUGAGCAAGGUGAAGCUGUACGACGCGGACCCGACCGUGCUCUCCGCGUUCCUCGACACGGACGUGGAGUUCGUGGUGGGCAUCGGCAACGAGAACGUGUCGGCGAUGGCGGCGGACCCGUCCGCGGCGCGGGCGUGGGUGCAGCGCCACGUGCAGCCGUACCUCCUCACCGGCACGCGGCGCAUCACCUGCAUCACCGUCGGCAACGAGGUGCUCAAGGGCAACGACACGGCGCUCAAGGCCAGCCUCCUCCCCGCCAUGCAGUCCGUGUACGGCGCGCUCGCCGCGCUGGGCCUGCAGGGCCGCGUGAACGUCACCACGGCGCACUCCCUGGACAUCAUGGGCACCUCGUACCCGCCCUCCGCGGGCGCGUUCGCGCCCGACGCCGUGCCCUACGUGCAGCCGCUGCUGGGGUUCCUGUCCAUGGCCAGGUCCCCGUUCCUCAUCAACUGCUACCCGUACUUCGCGUACAAGGCGGACCCGGGCAACGUGCCGCUGGAGUACGUCCUGUUCCAGCCCAACGCCGGCGUCACCGACGCCAACACCAGGCUCAACUACGACAACAUGCUGUACGCCCAGGUGGACUCGGUGUACGCCGCGAUCCAGGCGCUGGGGCACACCGACGUCGACGUCAAGAUCUCCGAGACCGGGUGGCCGUCCAGGGGAGACCCCGACGAGGCGGGCGCCACGCCGGAGUACGCCGGGACGUACAUCGGGAACCUCCUGCAGAGGAUCGAGAUGAAGCAGGGCACGCCGCUGAGGCCGUCGGUGCCCAUCGACGUCUACGUCUUCGCGCUCUUCAAUGAGAACCUCAAGCCCGGGCCGGCCUCCGAGCGGAACUACGGCCUGUUCUACCCUGACGGCACGCCGGUGUACAACGUCGGCCUGAGGGGCUACCUUCCACCCAUGGAUUUUUCACGAGGCACCCAAAAGGCGCAUCUCCUGAGAGCAUAUACGGUUGACCAUUGUGGUAAUGCUAAUGAAGAAAGCGCGGAGGAGAUUGAGGAUCUCUUGCAAGUUGCAACUAGGAUUCCAGUAGCAGAUAUAACAAGUAAUGAAGUCCUCGGAUAA